GCGCAUGGUCAUGCCCACCGGCAUGUGCAUUGUCAUCUGCGCACUCCUGGUGGACCUCAACAUCGCCACGCCGCUGACACUCACGGCGAUGAGCGUGGAGCGCUACGUGUCCAUCUGCAUGCCCCUGCGCCACGCCGAGCUCUCCACGCCGCAGCGCGCGGUGCAAGCCAUGCUGGUGAUACACGCGCUCUGCUCCGUGCACGUGUGGGUGAUGUUGCUCAGCUUCUUUGCUGUCAUGCCGAUUGGUUUCUACUCGUCAUCGGUCAUGUGCAGCCUAGUUAUGCUGAACGUAUACCCCUGGCAAGUGCACCUGAACGACGUCAUACUGCAGUUGUAUUUUGUUUUCAUGUCGUUGGUCAUCUGCUUCAGCUACGUGAAGAUCAUGGGGGUUGCGCGCGCUGCGUCAGGUGAAGACCGUAAAUCCACAAAGAAAGGCCAGAGAACGGUAUUGCUGCACGCGCUGCAGCUCGUUCUGUCGCUCAUUCAGCUUUGGUGCCCAUUUGUGGAGGCGGCCGUGCUGAGAUUGGACCCCAAGUCUUUUGAGACGAUAAGAUACUUCGACUACAUCAUGUUCAUUUUGGCACCUCGCUGUCUCAUCCCGCUGGUGUAUGGCCUACGAGACGAAUCGUUCAAUACCGUGCUGCAACAUUAUGCCGUGUUUGGAUUUAGCAUCAAGAAAGCUCGGCUUAUAACAAUGUGUCGAUAUCUUUUAGACAUGGUUAAAAAUAUCUCAAACAUCACGGGAAAGCCAACCAGUCUCUUCUCCAGGCCUCUCAACGAGAAGAUCCUAUUGGUCCAGGUCCUGGUGGGCAUUUUCCUCUACGUCAACUCUCUCAUGAUCUUCACCUUCCUGAAGAAGGAGGCCUUCCGGACGGACACGCGCUACGUCCUCUUCGCCCAGACCCUCUUCAUGGACUCCACCCUGAUGGUGCUGACGGACCUGGCGGUGAUCCAGAGCUACUUCCAGUACACCAUCCCCUGCCUGCCCUGCCUGCUGCUCUGCAUGCUAAUGAUCUGGCUCCAGUUCGGCACGCCGGUGACCCUGGUGGCCAUGUGUCUGGAGCGCUACGUGGCCAUCUGCAUGCCCCUGAGGCACGGCGGCAUCUCCACGCACCGCACCAAGCUGCUGGGCCUGGUGGUGAUCUGGUGGCUGAGCGCCGUGCCUCCGCUCCUGGUGCUUUGCCUCUUCCUGUCCUCCUCGGCGGCGCUCGCUCUCUCCUCCACCUACAUGGUGUGCGAGGUGGAGAGGCUGCUGGCAGAGGGCUGGCAGGAGACGCUCCGGUCCGCGGUGGCCGAGCUCUACUUCCUGUGGAUGUCGGUGGUCAUCGUGUUCACCUACGUCAGAAUAGUCCUGGUGGCGUCGAAGGCGGCGACGGGCAACAGCAGGUCGGUGGCCAAGGGCCGCAAGACGGUGACGCUUCACGCCGUGCAGCUGCUGCUGUGCCUGAUUCAGUUUUGCUGCCCCUUUGUGGAGACGGCCAUUCUGAAAAUCGACCUGCAGCUCUUCAUCAACGUCAGAUAUUUUAAUUUCAUCACGUUCAUCCUGGCGCCACGAUGCCUCAGCCCGCUGAUAUAUGGUUUGAGAGAUGAGAGUUUUUUCUUGGUCCUCAGGUACUAUGCCGUUUUUGGACUGAAGAAGACAAACUCUGUUAGGGCGAUGAAGUUCAUAAAGCUGUAA